CCCUCGACCCUUAAUUGGCAUUCGCAGAAAUCAAUAAUGGCUUGUUUUCAAUUUCAAUUGCUCGCUUCUCAUUCUACUCAACUUUGCGUCUCUCCAUUCUCCAACAUUUCUUCUUGUUACACACACAAUUUUCCAACUGGCACUUCCCGUCAAAAUAUCUCCAACACCGUUUCUUUUUAUUCACUCACAAAACCAACUUCUUCUCCAUCAUUCCUUGUAAAAGCUUCUUCUAACAACACGCUUCCCCCUUACAACGUUUUGAUUACUGGCUCUACCAAAGGGAUAGGGUAUGCUUUGGCAAAAGAGUUUCUAAAAGCGGGAGACAACGUCUUAGUUUGCUCAAGAUCAGAUAAAAGGGUAGAGACUGCUGUUCAGACCUUUAGGGAAGAGUUUGGGGAGCAGCAUGUGUGGGGCACUACAUGUGAUGUGAGAAAUGGAGAAGAUGUGAAGAAAUUAGUUUCGUUUGCUCAAGAAAAGCUGAAAUACAUCGAUAUAUGGAUCAAUAAUGCUGGAUCGAAUGCUUAUAGCUACAAGCCACUUGCUGAAGCAUCAGAUGAGGAUCUUAUCGAGGUGGUUACGACAAACACACUUGGCUUGAUGAUAUGCUGUCGAGAGGCAAUAAAGAUGAUGGUGAGCCAACCUCGGGGAGGUCAUAUUUUCAAUAUUGAUGGAGCAGGUUCAGAUGGAAGACCAACUCCCAGGUUUGCUGCAUAUGGAGCAACAAAGAGAAGUGUGGUGCAUUUAACAAAGUCAUUACAGGCAGAAUUGCAGAUGCAAGAUGUUAAAAAUGUGAUGGUUCACAAUCUUUCGCCAGGAAUGGUUACAACAGAUCUGCUCAUGUCUGGUGCCAAUACAAAGCAGGCAAAAUUUUUCAUUAAUGUCUUGGCCGAGCCAGCCGAAGUGGUUGCAGAAUACUUAGUUCCAAACAUAAGAUCUAUCCCCACCAACAGAACAAUGAAGCCAACAUACAUCCGAUUCCUCACUGGUUUGAAAGCCUAUUCCCAGAUAUUUUCAAGAUUUGCAUUUGGGGCAAGGAGGAACCGCUACAUUCUUGAAGAUUGAACAGCAUAAAAGAACUAUUGUACUAUUUGUACAACGCAACACAGUUUCACUGUUUUGGAAACGCGUUGUAUACUCCAUGGGAGAGAAAAGUUCCAAAAAGAAGUCACGGGUGAAAUUCUCAUCGACAACGAACUAGAAAAAUGAACGAUACACAACAUCAUAUCCGGUUCUGGUGAAUUCCAAGAUUCUUCAAUCAUUGAGAUGUGGGUCUCCUUUAAUUUAGUUUCUUGUUCCUCGACAUGUAAUUGAUAGCUAGCCAAACAUUAAUUUAAACAAUUAAGCAGCUUGUAUAUUUUCGAAAAUCAUAUUAGUAGAUUGUAAACAUCUAUAUCACUUUAAUUUCGAUCUUUGUAUGAAUA